AUGUCUCAUAGGAAGCGUGUGUAUCCGCAACAGCAGCCGAACUAUGGUCAGGGUGUUGGGGCGUCCAAUUCGCCUAUUUUGGGCUCGAAUUUGGCAUCCCAAGUGGAAACACCAGUGACGCACCAACAAGCUCAAUUUUUGACGCCGGCACAGCAACAAUUGCAACAACAGCUGCACCAGCAGGUGGAUCAGGCUUCACAGGCAAUGGGAGGCAUGCAACUUCACAAUGUUCCGAUUUUGGACCCAAACUUGGCGCAGACCGCGGGAAUUGGUGGUGUGGGACAACAAGUUGGCGAUUCCCAGUAUCCAAACGUCGGCGGUGGAACCCUGUAUGGCCCACAAGCUGGUGCAGGCUAUGGACAGCAGCAGCAGCAGCAGCCGGUCUCCGUGGGCAGGCCCAUGAACCAGUUGUAUCCAAUUGAUCUGUUGACUGAGCUGCCUCCUCCCGUCUCGGAUCUGGACCUGCCUCCUCCACCACUAAUGGUACCACCUGAAAAAUUUGUGGUUCCAGUUGAAACUGCUAACGCUCCACCGGACUUCGUGCGCUCCACGUUGAAUUCGGUUCCCAAAUCAAACUCGUUGCUGAAAAAAAGUAAACUACCAUUUGGUUUGGUGAUAAGGCCCUAUUUGACUCUUCAGGACUCUGACAGUAACGUUCCACUUAACACAGAUGGGCUGGUGGUCAGGUGUCGUCGUUGUCGCUCUUAUAUUAACCCUUUCGUCACUUUUGUCGACGGCGGUCGCAGAUGGAGAUGUAACUUCUGUAACCUUGCCAACGAUGUUCCAAUGGCAUUUGACGCCUCUCAGCAAGGUUUGCCUGUUAACCGAUACGAAAGGAACGAAAUGCAACACGCGGUGGUGGAGUACUUGGCACCAAAGGAAUACGCCGCCAGACAGCCUCCACCUUCGUCCUACGCGUUUGUUCUCGACGUGUCUCAGAGCGCAAUUAAGAAUGGUUUGCUGGCCACUGCCGCUAGAACUUUGCUUGAGACUUUGGACUCGAUUCCAAACCAUGAUCAAAGAACCAGAAUCACCAUCUUGGCUGUUGAUAGUUCCAUCCACUACUUCGCAAUUCCUCUUGACGAAGACGGUGAUCAAAUAAAGAUGAUGGAUGUGGUUGAUUUGGAUGAGCCCUUCUUGCCAAUGCCAAGCUCGAUGUACGUUUCACUGCAAGACUGCAGAUCUAACAUCGAAAAGCUACUGAACCAACUACCCGAAAUUUUCCAGUACAAUAUCAUGUCCAAACUAGCCCUAGGUCCUGCUUUAAAAGCAGCUUUCAAUCUUAUCAAGGCUGUUGGUGGCAAAAUUGUUGUCGUUGCUUCCACCAUCCCUAGUCUAGGUGUAGGAAAGUUGCAAAAAAGAAGCGAAGCAGGUGUUGCCAACACCCCAAAGGAAGCAUCCCAGCUGCUAAGCUGUCAAGAUGCUUUUUACAAAAAUUUUACAAUUGACUGCAACAAGAAUCAAAUUACAAUUGAUAUGUUCUUGGCUACUGAAGACUACAUUGAUGUUGCAUCUUUGUCUAAUUUAGCUAGGUUCACCGCAGGGCAAACUCAUUUCUACCCCGGUUGGUCUGCUUCUAAACUGACAGAUGUGACAAAAUUCACCAAGGAAUUCUCCAAGCAUCUCAGUAUGGAUCUAUCUAUGGAAGCUGUCAUGAGAGCGCGUGGUUCUUCCGGUCUUAGAAUGACAAGAUUUUACGGUCACUUUUUCAACAGAUCGUCUGACCUGUGCGCUUUCCCCACUUUCCCAAGAGACCAAUCCUACGUUUUUGAGAUCAGUAUAGAUGAACAACUAGUGCGUGAUUACGCAUAUUUGCAGAUCGCGGUCUUGUUGUCUUUGAACACAGGACAGCGUAGAAUAAGAGUUAUCACUAUCGCUAUCCCAACUACUGAUUCGUUGGCUGAAACAUAUGCUUCUGCUGACCAAUUGGCGAUGACUGCCUUUUUCUCCCAAAAAGCGAUUGAAAAGGCUUACUCCAAUUUGGAAGAGGCUCGUGAGUAUCUGAACAGAUCGGUGCAGGAGAUUUUAGGUACUUACAAAAAGGAAAUUGUGGUGUCGAACACUGCAGGAGGUGCUCCAUUGAGACUGAGCGCGAAUUUGAGAAUGUUUCCUCUCUUGAUGCAUUCGUUGACUAAGCAUAUGGCGUUCCGCUCCGGUUUGGUUCCAAGUGAUCACCGCGCCGCAUCACUCAACUUUUUGGAGUCUAGUCCCCUUCCUUACCUCAUCAAGAACAUUUAUGCUAAGGUCUAUUCCUUGCAUGAUAUGCCUGAUGAGGCUGGUCUCCCCAGCGAGUAUGGAGAGAUCGCGCUGCCAGAACGGAUCAAUGCGACAUCGUCGCUACUUGAACGCUAUGGUCUAUACCUCAUUGACAACAGCACAGAGCUUUUCCUGUGGGUCGGUGGUGAUGCUGUCAAUGAGCUCACAAUGGAUGUAUUUGGCACCCCGGACAUUUUAGAAAUCCCAAUCGGUAAACAAGAGCUGCCUCUUCUGGAGAACUCAGAGUUCAAUAGCAGAGUCAGAAACAUCAUUUCCAAACUAAGAGAGCACGACGAUGUCAUCACGUACCAACCCUUAUACAUUGUUCGUGGUGCCUCGUUGAGUGAACCCGUUAACCAUCCUUCGGCCAGAGAAGUCGCGACUUUGAGACUAUGGGCCACCAGCACGUUGGUGGAAGACAAAAUUUUAAAUAGCCAAUCUUACCGCGAAUUCUUGCAAAAUAUGAAGACAAGAAUUAGCAAGUAA